UAUAUAUAUUGACAUUUGUGUGAUAAAGUCUAUAUUUAAACAUAUAAAAAAAAAAGCAUUUAUUUUUCGGAUAUUGUUUUUUGGUUUUACAUGAAACAAAAUAAUGGGCAAAAAAAAGAAAGCCAAAAAGCUUCAAACUAACCAACCCAACUUGUCUCUCCAUAAACACUAUUUAUGGCUUCUCGAUCCUGUUCGCAAUUCUCUUCUUUAACCUACAAAACCCACUAAAACUUCAACCAAAUUUCUUGAUUUGCCUGAUUACAUAAGCUUCAAUGGAACACAAUUAUGGCAACCAUGAUCACGAAGAACACAUCGAACUCCCCCCAGGCUUUCGGUUUCAUCCUACUGACGACGAACUCAUAAUUCACUACUUAUAUCGGAAGGCGUUUGAUGAUUCUUUUGCAAGUCGAGCCAUUGGAGACGUUGAUUUGAACAAAUUCGAGCCAUGGGAGCUUCCAUUGAGAGCGAAAAUUGGGGAGAAGGAAUGGUAUUUCUUUUGUGUUAGAGAUCGAAAAUACCCAACUGGUUUCAGAUCGAAUAGAGCUACAGAAAUGGGAUAUUGGAAGGCUACAGGGAAAGAUAGAGAAAUUUAUAAAGCAAAAACACUUGUGGGUAUGAAGAAAACUCUUGUUUUUUAUAAAGGUAGAGCUCCGAAAGGUGAAAAGACGAACUGGAUCAUGCAUGAGUUUAGAUUAGAAGGAAGAUUAAAGAAUCUCUCUGCAUCAUCAAAGGGUGAGUGGGUAAUUAGUAAGGUAUUUGAAAAAAAUUGUGGAGGGAAGAAAAUUCAAAUUUCUGGGGUUUCGAGCAUUAACUACAAUUCCUAUGAAGAUGAAUUGGAGCCUUCAAAUUUGCCUCCAUUAAUGGAUGUCUCAAGACCAAUAUCCGAAUCUAUCCAAGAACAGAAACCUACCAAGGAAGAAUUGAUUGAAACUUACAACAAAUCAAUUUCCAUGAUGCCUUCAAUGAAUGAUAAUCGUUUUGGGUUUUCAAACAACCAAAUGGUUCCAAACAUUGAAUACUUGCAGUAUCAUGAUCCUUCAAUUUUCACGCUCUUGAUUGAUAAAGAGGAUCAUUCAAACAUGCAACAAAACCCAAAAAGUGAAUUUGGGAAUAAUCAAGAUUAUGCCAUGAAUUUAGCUGGAUUAGUGGACCUUGAUUGGGUUUGGAAUUAUUAGGUUUUUAGAGUUGCAUGAAAGGUUUAGUAUCUUUUUGAUUCAUUCUAAUGGUUUGAAGGAAAUCAAGGCGCGUUUAAAACAUGUAAAUUAUCAAAGUAGUGGGGUUUUGUUGUUUUGUUUGAGGAAACGAUUUGUUGUUAUAAUUAUACGCACAAGUGAUAUACAAAUUUUGUUUGAAAUAAGUCAUACAUAGAUAUUUUUUUUAACGAAACGAGUUGAAUAAGACUUUUAGGAAGAUGUGUCUUGUACAAAUCUUCUAAUCUUUCAUAUUUUACUCCA